UCUUUCACUAGCCUGCUCCAAACCACCUGAGGAGUUAUUUUUGCCAGCCCCUUGUGUGAACUGCUUUUCUAUCAAAGCACCUCAGACAUGCAUGAAGAAGAAAUAUACACCUCUCUUCAGUGGGAUAGUCCAGUACCUAACACUUACCAGAAAUGUCUGUCUUCCAACAGAUGUUCAGGAGCGUGGUGUCUUGUGAUGGUGAUUUCAUGUAUUUUCUGCUUGGGAUUAUUAACAACAUCCAUUUUCCUGACCAUCAAGUUGUUGCAGGUGUCCACCAUUGUGAUACAGCAGCAAGAAAAACUCAUCCAACAAGAGAGGGCACUGCUAAACUGUACACAGUGGAAUAGAAGCCAUGCCCUUCAGAUGAAACAUUGUCAAACCUUCAUGCAAAACUUUCUCAGCUCAGCUCAUAACUGCAACCCUUGUCCAGACAAUUGGAUUCAGAAUGGAGAAAGUUGUUACUAUGUCUCUGAAAAAUGGGAAUAUUGGCACACCAGUCAAGAGAAUUGUUUAAAGGAAGACUCCAGGCUGCUACAAAUAGACAGCAAAGAAGAAAUGGAUUUUAUCACCGGCAGCUUGAGGAAGAUCGAGAGAGGCCAUGAAUACUGGGUGGGGUUGUCUCAGAAUGGACACAGCGCACGCUGGCUUUGGCAAGAUGGCUCUUCUCUUUCUCCUGGCCUGUUGCCAGUAGAGAGAUCUCAAUCAACUAACCAAGUCUGUGGAUACGUCAAGAACCAUUCCCUUCUUUCGUCUAACUGCAGCAGUUGGAAGCAUUUUAUCUGUGAGAAGUACGCAUUAAGACCCUCUAUCUGAAAGAAAUCGUGUUCCAAGUGCUCUGCUGCACUAGAACUUGGAAAAGGCCAUUGGAAACCACCAUCCCCCCCAAAAAACCACAAAAAACUAACAGCAAGUAGAGCAGCAAACCAAUAUGUGGGCGAUGAAAUUAGCAACCUGGGACUCAAUAAUACACUUGGGAAUAUUCUUCCUUACUGUCCAGAUUUCAUUUGAUGUUGUUCGAAUUGCCAAGAAUAAAACUUAUUUAGAGCUAGAGGACAAAACCCUGACGAGUUAAGAACAAAUGCAAGGAAAUCAUUUUUAUUGCUGAAAGUCCAGAAUGACUGUAAAUUUCACACAAGGUACAGAGCUGUAAGUUGUUGGGGAGGUGAUGCGGUUACAGCUGACUAAUACUUUUAAAGGAAGUAAAUCUGACCUUUUCAACGCACAGUCCGUGAGAUCUUUCUUUGCAUUUUAUAGGGUUUCAGGCAUUAUGUUAUCAAAAUGUUAAGACAGAAGUACAGAGAUACGAAUUUCCAAAGUGGAAGAAAGUCAGGCUUCUAUCUGCAGCCUGCACAACCACGUACUGUUUAAGGUUUGGUUUCUACUAGAAAGAUGAACUACUAGCAUUUGACAUACGCAGAAGGAAUAGUCAGGAUGCCAGGUCAGUGUGUUCUCCAGGGAAUGCUGUGAAUUCCUUCUUUCCUUUCAGUGACCAUCCCUGCCAUUCACAAAGUAAAGGAGUCAUGGUCUGGCCUCUCAGGGUUAACACUCCAGCACUUUCAACUACAUCUCUCAGUGCCUCAAUUGCCUCAUUGUAAAAUAACACCAGAACUUACUUCAAAAUACUGUAUGCGGAUUAGACUGUAAAUAUAUGUCAGUGCUGAGAAGAGCCUUGCACAGAGUUGAACGCUCUGCCAGCGCUUGCUUUUGCUCUCUGGAUUACCUCGCCAAUCAUCUCUGGCAGCAACCUGUAUUUGUGCAUUCCAGACAAAAAUCAUCCCUUUUUUGCUCCCGUUGCAGCAAUAUUGAGAAGUUACAGUUCAUGUGUAAAAUGUCAGCAGCUCUUUGGAGAGAACAUCUGCUUUAAAGUUGAUUCUCUUCAAAUAAAUCAAUAGACAGUCUCUGUCCUAAGUCUUUAGGCUCCCUGAACAUGAACUAUCUUAUUCCCAAGAGAGGAUUCAUAGCUAAAUACCCUGUGAUCUACAGAAGGAACAGAUUCCUUAACUGUUAUUACAUUACCUGUUACCAUUUACCAUCCCUACAAACACCUUACAGCAUAG